AUGUCCAUAGUUUUGAAGAAGACUUUUAAAAAGCUGGACCAUGAUAUUAAUGUCCAAGAGUUCUUGGAUACAAGCACGCCAUCAGUCGAGGAACUGUGCAAUCAAGUAAGUCUGCUGCGAGGUCAACUAACAGACAUCCACAAGAAACUCAGCUGGUGGAGUAAUCCAGAGAAGGUAGAAGAUGUUGAACAUCUCAGGCAGAUGGAAAGUUCACUGAGGGAAUCUCUUAGUAGGGUUCGUGCACAUAAGGAAAAUUUUGUUAAGCACCAACUUAUGCCCUUGGAUGGCCCCAGUCAACUGAUGCCAUCUAAUUCUUUUGAGAAUGCAAUGCAAUUUCCAAUAACAAUGGAUGAUCACCAACAAGAUCCAGGCUUACCAUGGAUUCCAAAUGAUGAGAACCUUCAUGCGGCCAUGCCUGAGAACUCGCACUCGCACUAUCUUUCAAGGAGAGAUUUGGAAUACCCUGGAGAUUUAUCCCUCCCUGGCUGUUCUGGGCUCUUUAGCACAGGAAAAGGGUCAGAGAUUGAUAAUACGGCAUUUAUUGAUAACAUUGACAGCUCCAGAGAUUUUUCCCUUCCUUGUCCUGCUGGUUUCUUUAACAGAAAUGUAGAAGAGACUGAAGACAUUCGAAAAAUAAAAGUUGCUUCCAAAGAAGCAUCUAUUUCAAGCUGCUCAAGUUUUCUCAACUCUGGUAAAGAAAUUGAAGUGGAUAGUGCCGGACAGGUUGAUAAUCUAACACGAGAAAGUAGUGCCAUGGAUGAUCUAAAUGCAAUUGCAUGCUUGAGAUUACAACUUGGGGGGCAACACCCAUACUAUCCCUAUAGUCAUCUAAAUAUACCGGAUAUGAAAAAUUUGGAGGUUGGCCGAGCAGUGAAUUUCCAAGAGAAUCCCAUAAACUAUCAAAUGCCAGGGAACUUUGAAUUGCCUGGAUCCAUCAUUGAAAAUUCAAGUCAUACGUGGACUCCUGCAUCUAAUAAUUGUGAUAUCAAUAUGAUUAACGAGAUUUCAUUUCCUCAGACAGCAAAUCACCCUUGA